AUGGGAAGGGGUGGGCUUAUGAUGCGGGAUUUAGGAACUGGCGUGGGUGUGAAGAGGCGGAGACAAAACCCUAACCGCACUCCAAACCGGGCUGGGCUUGCUCUACUAGACGGUUGGGUUCUGGGUUUGCUGCUACCUAUCCCGCCAGGCUGCCCGGUGGCUCCGCAGAGCCUGACGCUCAGAGCCGGGAAAGGAUCGCGGAGAGUCCUCAGCCGGGGCUGCUGCCGGCAAGGAGGGGACAGGGAAGCUGAGAGCACGGUGCGCCACUUCCCCGGCAGCUUCAGCUUGUGCAGGCCUGGCCUGCUGCUGCCUCGCGGCUUUGCACUGAGGUCCGCCUCUCCCCUCCCUCCCACUUCCCGCGAGCUGCCUCCGCCUUCUUCCUCUGCGUCCACCCUCAACCCCCAACCCCGACUGUCGGGAGCUGGGCUAGGAGCCCUCAGUCGGCUGGAGCUCUGGAUGUGGGCGCCAGACAAGCCCACGGCGCCUACCUCCAAGAUGGACAGCCGCUACACCAGCACCGCGGGCCUCGGGGAUUUAAACCAGCUGAGCGCGGCCAUCCCGGCCACACGAGUGGAGGUGUCCGUGUCCUGCAGAAAUCUUCUUGACAGAGACACAUUUUCUAAAUCUGAUCCAAUUUGUGUCUUGUAUGUACAAGGAGUUGGAAAUAAAGAAUGGAGAGAGUUUGGAAGGACUGAAGUAAUUGAUAAUACUUUAAAUCCUGAUUUUGUAAGAAAGUUUAUUCUGGACUACUUUUUUGAAGAAAGAGAGAAUCUUCGUUUUGACUUGUAUGAUGUUGAUUCGAAGAGUCCCAACUUGUCAAAACAUGACUUUCUGGGACAAGUGUUUUGUACAUUGGGGGAGAUUGUUGGUUCACAGGGAAGUCACCUGGAAAAGUCCAUAAUAGGAAUUCCAGGGAAGAAAUGUGGUACAAUCAUCCUUACAGCAGAGGAAUUAAACUGUUGCAGAGAUGCUGUUCUGAUGCAAUUUUGUGCGAACAAACUGGACAAGAAGGACUUAUUUGGAAAAUCAGAUCCUUUUCUUGUAUUUUAUCGAAGUAAUGAAGAUGGCAGUUUUACAAUUUGUCAUAAAACAGAAGUUGUCAAAAACACUCUAAAUCCUAUAUGGCAAGCAUUCAAGAUCUCAGUCAGAGCUUUAUGUAAUGGCGAUUAUGACAGAACAGUCAAAGUAGAGGUGUAUGACUGGGAUCGAGAUGGAAGUCAUGAUUUCAUUGGAGAAUUUACAACAAGCUAUAGGGAACUUUCUAGAGGGCAAUCACAGUUCAAUAUAUAUGAGGUGAUAAAUCCCAAAAAGAAAGGAAAAAAGAAGAAAUAUACUAACUCAGGAACAGUCACGUUACUUUCUUUCUCGGUAAAAACAGAAGUUUCAUUCCUUGACUAUAUUAAGGGAGGAACACAAAUCAAUUUCACAGUGGCUAUUGAUUUUACUGCAUCAAAUGGCAACCCUACCCAGCCGACUUCUCUCCACUACAUGAAUCCUUAUCAACUGAAUGCCUAUGGUAUGGCACUGAAAGCAGUGGGAGAAAUCGUUCAAGAUUAUGACAGUGAUAAAAUGUUCCCAGCUUUAGGUUUUGGUGCAAAACUGCCUCCAGAUGGAAGGAUAUCUCAUGAGUUUGCUUUGCUGCCAUGUUGUUGGAACACUAAAGCAGCCCUAUGCAGAGCUCGUGUUGACCUACUGCCAGCAAACCAUAAUGGGAACCCUCAAAACCCCUACUGUGAUGGCAUUGAGGGUGUCAUGGAAGCUUAUUAUAGGAGUCUGAAAUCUGUACAACUGUAUGGGCCAACCAACUUUGCUCCUGUAAUUAAUCAUGUAGCAAGAUAUGCUUCUUCUGUAAAGGAUGGCUCCCAGUAUUUUGUGCUACUGAUUGUGACAGACGGUGUUAUCUCAGAUAUGGCUCAAACUAAGGAGUCCAUAGUUAAUGCUUCAAAACUUCCAAUGUCAAUAAUUAUAGUAGGUGUUGGGCCAGCAGAAUUUGAUGCAAUGGUUGAAUUGGAUGGAGAUGAUGUAAGAGUUUCCUCCAGAGGAAAAUAUGCUGAAAGGGACAUUGUGCAGUUUGUGCCAUUCAGGGAUUAUAUUGACAGAAGCGGAAACCACAUACUCAGCAUGGCUAGAUUAGCUAAAGAUGUCCUAGCGGAGAUCCCAGAGCAGUUUCUCUCCUACAUGAGGACCAGAGGGAUCAAGCCAUCACCUGCACCUCCCCCGUACACCCCACCUACACAUGUGUUACAUACUCAAAUAUGACUGUGCUCCAAAAUGCUAAUGUAACUAUACUUCAGUUAGAACUGCUGAGUCUAUGCUUUUCUCCUGGUGCUCUGUAAGGAACCAGGGAAUGAGAUACUUUUCUCAGUUUGGUUUCAGCAGUAUUGGUUUGUAUGCUUUCUUGGAUCCAAAAUUUAUUAUCUUCCUAAACCAAAACUGUAAAUACGGUUGUUGCAUGAGCAACAGAAAAAUUGUUUAAAUGCUUGAAGCAAAAUAUGGAUGUCUUCUCUGAAUCUUUAAAUGUUUUUUUGGACAAAAACAGCUAAUUUCCAAUGUACUGUUGGGGAAAAGCGCAACCUGUGUUUUUAACUCAAAUAUUGUCCUUGACUGCUAUGUAUAUAGGAAAGCAGUCUCUCUAUAUCAAUG